AUGUCGCAACGACAGCAACAACGAAGCGCACCAGCGCCCUCACAAACACAAACUGAAACCCCAACACAAACACCAGAGACGAGAGAACAGGCUCCCCAGAUUUUGCGACUCCGGGGUGCGCAUACCUCCAACGGACGAUCUGUGCAGUGGGCAGAGGAUGUAGUGGACAACGAAGGGUUAGGGCGCAAGAGUUCAAAAGUGUGCUGUAUUUACCACAAGCCCAAGGCUGUCGACGAGUCCAGCGACGAGUCUUCUUCAGAUUCCGACUCCGACUCGGGGUCUGAUCGCGACGGUGCACAACCAGCAGGUGGCAAGCGUCAAGGCUGCGGUCAUGGACAUGGGCAUAAUCACGGACGAGGACGAGGAAGCGGAAAGGGCAAAGAGAAGAGAGCACCAAGCCCAAAUGCGUACGAGAAAGUUCCCAAGCCGAAACCCAAGGAUGGAUCGUCGGAAACCAAGCCUUAG